ACCAUGAGCAUGCCCCAGCUGGACGCGGCCCAGCAGGCCAAACUGCAGCUGAUGCAGGAGAUGGAAAUCGAAAUGAUGUCGGAUCUGUACAGCCGCAUGACACAGGCUUGCCACAAAAAGUGUAUCCCACCAAAGUAUGCCGACUCGGAGCUGGGAAAAGGAGAAUCGGUGUGCAUUGACCGGUGUGUGGCAAAGUACCUGGAGGUGCACGAACGCAUCGGCAAGAAGCUGACAGCCAUGUCAGCGCAGGACGAGGAUCUGAAAAAGAAGAUGGGUGUGUAGAAAGGGUGAGCUCGAAGGAAAAGGCACUGUUAGAGUUAAAUCCGUACACGCAUGGUAGCCACCACGUGUGUUGAUUCGUUUUUUUAUUUUUAUUCAAUUAUUGCUUACUAAAUGGUAAGCGAUAUUGGUAGCAGCAGUUUAGGGAGGGCUGGGAACCGCGUAUGUUAGUUUUCAGUUGAUCAUUCGAUGCGCAUUUCGUCGUCAGCCCAUUUCGUCUUAUAUUCAUCUAUUCGGUUUGCUCGUCCGAUGCCACACAGUUGCAGCGUAGAUUACAUUACAUAUGCUCGAAAUCGAUAGACUCGCCAGAGUAGAUGAAUAAAGCAAUGGAUUGACAGAAAGAAAAA